UUCCCUUAUCAUCCGGGAAAUUUUUCGAUCCAAGAUGGCGCCGGUUGGCGAAAAAGAAGACAGGAUGGGUCCGACAGUUGCAGAUGACGAUGAAAACGAGAGCCAAACUCUGUGGGCAACCAUCUUGGGAGAAGUUCAGUCAAGUUCAGCAACCAAUUUGCCAUCAACAAAAUCAGUAUUAGUGCUAGGCGACAAUGAAAGCGGUAAGACUACUCUUGUGGCGCGGCUGCAGGGGGUAGAGGAACCCAGAAAGGGGUCAGGCCUGGAGUACUACUACAUAGAUGUCAAAGAUGACUACAGGGAUGACCAAACACAUGCAGGAGUUUGGGUUUUGGAUGGGGACCCCAGUCACACUGGCCUUUUGAAAUUUGCCAUCACAGAGGAAAACUUUGAAAAUAUUCUAGUCUUGCUUGUGGCAUCCAUGGCCCAGCCCUGGUCCAUCAUGGAGUCACUCAACAAAUGGGCAUCAUAUCUCCAAGAGCACAUAGACAGACUGAAAUUAAAACCAGAAGACCGUAGGGAGUACGAAGAAAGCUUGGUGAGAUUUUUCCAAGAGUACACCGAACCAGAUGAGAACAGCUCUGGAAGUCAGGUGCCCUCUCACAGGAGAGAUGUUAAUCCUCUCCAUCCCACAGCAAGCCACACAGAGGAAGACAAAGUCUUACGACCUCUAGGAGAAGACACACUAUCACAGAAUCUAGGAAUACCUAUAGUCGUAGUUAUUACAAAGAGUGAUGCAAUCUCAAGUUUAGAAAAACAGCAUGACUUUAAAGAAGAACACUUCGAUUUCAUACAGCAACACAUUAGGAAAUUUUGUUUGCACUAUGGUGCAUCUUUAGUUUAUUCUUCUGUCAAAGAAGAGAAGAACUGUGAUUUAUUAUACAAAUAUCUAGUGCACAGGAUAUAUGGCUUCCCAUUUUCGUCGCCAGCUUAUGUCGUCGAAAAAGACUGUGUUUUUGUUCCUGCUGGUUGGGAUAAUGAUAAGAAAAUUAGUAUAUUGUAUGAAAAUUUAAAUACCAUGAAAUCAGACGACUGCUAUGAGGAUGUCAUCACUAAACCAAUCACCAGGAAGCCAAUACAAAGAGAUGCUGAGGUGGUCGCUGAAGAUGAACAAGUUUUCCUGAUGAAACAACAGAGCUUUCUGAAUAAACAGCCUGCACCUGGACCAGCAGGGGAGACUCCAGCAAGACCACCAGGUAGUGCCCCUCCCAGGACCACGCCCCCUCGAACCCAUACAACAAACAACACUGUCACACCUGUUACCAGUUCUCCAAAGAAGAUGGAGGCGGGUAAAGGUACUCCAACGAGCGAGGGCAUGCUGGCCAAUUUCUUCAACAGUCUACUGAACAAAAGCACCGCCAAAACUCCGGGUGCCACUAAAGCAGGAGAUUUAACAGGUGGUAGGCGGAUAAAUUUGCAUGCAGCAAUGGAUCAGGGAAGAGAUAGGAAUGUUAUGAGUGUUCGUAGACCUGUUAUGCAAAAAUCCAGAGACAAAGCCGCUGUAUCCAGGGAAGCAGCUGCAGAACUGGAGAGGUUACAGAAGUCCAAGAAAAUGACACCAGAGGUGAAACCCAAUGGCCCAGACAGUGCAGCGUCGUGAAUAAUCAAAUAUCAUACAGAUUGAUAAUAUCAAGGGCACCUGCUUCCUGUCUGUAAAUAGAUCUAGGGGUUGGGGUGCCUACUCUGCUUCAUUUUCUGUGAUGCAUAUGGUAAAUAAGUAUAAAAAAACCUUGGUGGAAAUGGUGGCCAUAUGAUUUCAUAGAUAAUCAUAAGAUGGGAUUUCUCUGGAAUCUUUAUAUGAUUCUGACUGCCAGAUACAUUUAAAAACACAUGUUGUGAUAUUCAGAUGACAAUAUUUAUUCUGCACCAAGUCCCAGAAUGGAUAAAAAGAAUUUAAUAGAUGUACAUAAUCUGGUUGUGUGUGUAGACAAGGGACAUAACCCAUACACACAGAUUGAAAAUCCUCUCCAUGUGUAUUUAUCAUUAGAAAAAAGUCCAUGUGUUUAUGUAAGUAUAUUGUAAAAAAUGGGUUGUUCUGUUGAGAUACAAGUGACAUUUUGAUAGUUUUAAUUGCUGUAGUAUUUAUUUUUAUUAUGUUUUGCUUGCAGCAUAUAUGAGAUUGCUAAUGAGUUUAAAAAAGCUGUAGAAGUCAAGUGCAAGUUUUUAAACUGUAAAUAGAUAAAAAUAUACAUGUUUGAAGAUUAAACAGACAAAGGAAAUAAUCAAAUUGUCUUUCAUAAAAUACAUUAUUCAGAUCAACUUUCACCGAAGUAUUUUCAUAUCUAUUUCGAAGACCCCUUGACUUGUAUAUUCAACAUGAACAAAGGAGAAAUUUUUUACAGCAGAUUUCCAAAAUAAUUUAAUGUGAUUAAUGUUUCCAUUCACUUCAAAAGAGGAAGAAAGAUGUAGAAAAUUUCCCAGAUACUAGACAAUUUAUGUGUAUUAGGAUGAAAUGUUUAUGUGGAGGAAAACUUUGUUUUUAUGUCUUCUUAGUCUUGGUUAUCUCCCUUGACAGAUGUGUACUGAACCAGAAGGGUACAAAAUUCCAUUCCCAGUUGUGUACAGUGGUCAUACUUAUUAACAUGGUCCCUUUAUUGUUCCCCUAAUAGAUGCUUGACAAAUAAUAGUGCAUAGAAUAAACUACUUUCAGUAUUGUUUAUAAAUUACAAAGGUACGUGGCUAUGUUUGAAAACUCACAAUUUUUUUAUUUUAGAGAGCAGUACGAUGUCUCGUAUUACAUGGGAAGCUAUAGUGCAAUAUUUAUAUACUUUCAAUACAUUAAAUGUCAUUGUAUAAUGGUGCAGAUGUAAGUUUAAUAGGCUCUAGAUUUUUUUCGUGUGUGCAUAAUCGCAUCACAGUAUGCUGUCAUUGAUAUUUAUUGUGUAUACUGAAUUUGUGCAUUUAAAUUAAGAAAUUAUGUUUAUUUCAUGGUAGACAUAUAUGUACUUGAUUUCUUAAUAUUGUACUUUUAGUUGGAAACUACAAAAAAAAAAGGUGUAAACAAAUUUAUUAAAACUGGGUUAGUGAUAUAAUUUCUGUACUUAAUUAUUUUAAUGUGAAAAUAUUUAUCUUUAUUGUGAGAAUUUUUCCUUGUGUUAUCAAUGAAAAUUCAAUAAGAUGAAUCCCAUGACAUUUAAAGAAUUGUAGAUGUAUGUAGAUUUUUACAGGGGGUGGGGGGAUAUCUUAGAUGAUUGAAUUGAAUUAAAUACAUUAUCUUUCAUGCUUCCAUGCACCUUCAUAUCUUGUUUGGCAUUUUCAAAGCAUGAGUGUUUUGUGUUUAGCAGUUAUAAAGGAAAUUUUGUUUUGUGGCUCUAUUGCCUUUGAUCAUUUGCAAAUUAAGUUUGUACCUCAUUUGUCUUGCCCAAACAAAAGUUAUUUGUAGAAAAUGUGAGCUAGUCAAGUAAGUUCAUAACACUGUGUAAACAUAGCAAAAAAAUGUAGAUUUGUAUUUUUUCAUUCACAGCUAGAUUCAGUCAGUGUAACAUUUGAAACUGUAUCUUGACAUUCCAUGUAAUGUUAGAAAAUGGUUGAUAUUAAAAGCAUGAAGCAAUCAACCGCUACUCGGUAGAUUAAUGACAGGAAGUGAUAGUCAUACUGGUACAAGCUUAAGCUAAAUCAAACUUUUAAUGCUUUCAAAUUUUGUGUUGAGAGAUACUUUGCAUCAUGUGUUUAAUACUCUUAACAUAUGUGAACUAUUUGCACUCAUUAGCUUUAGAAAGAGACUUUCACUUGUAAUAACUAUGUACAGCAAAAUCUUGUUUUGUUUUUCCUUUGGUUUUUCUUUCUUCUGAUAAGAAAUGCUUCUAUACAUCAAUAAGAAUAUUUUUGAUAAAGAUGUUGAUGUAGGUGAGGUAGGUAGAUACACCAAACCAGCAGACUGACCAGUGUGUGACCAUUUCAAGGGUGUUUAAUGACCACCAUUUCUGGUCAGCGGCACGUGUACUUGAGAUGAAGAUAAAACCUUAUAGCCUAUUUAUUGAAGCCAAAGCCUCUGUAAUGAUUAGCUACAGUUAAUGGGUCAUGGAUUUUGUUUACUUGAAUAAAAAUAAUAAAUGUUGACACAUCUCA